AAUAAAAUACAUCGUGCGUUGAUGUAAGCCGCCAAGCCGGCGUAGGUAUUUUCGCCCGACCUAUUUAUUUACGUAUUAUAAGGUGCAAUAAAAUAAUGGCGAAAGACGAUGAAAAGUUCUUUGACAAAGAUGAAGUGGUCACGGUGUCUUCAAAUACUGGUCUAGUAUAUUAUGGUUUGGUUUCAACGACGAACAGAUCGCGAUCACUAACCGUGUUAAGAAAGACUUCAUAUAAGAAUCAUAAUGAGAUCAAAGUGAUCUGGCAUCCAAAUGGUCCUGAAGAAAAUAUCUCCGAUGAUAAAGUUGUGUUAAUGGAUCGAUCAUUAAUGCCUGGCGAUGCAGUACGAAAAUUUAGUGAAGGCAAGCCAAGUCAAUUUGGAUAUUGUAAAAAUAUUGAUAUAAAUGCCACAGUAAAAAUACUUAACACCAACAAAAUAAUAGAAAAUAUCAAUUUCCGAAACUUUACUCACACAAAACCCUUUGCAAUCAAUUCCUUGGUUUUUUAUGAAUCAUGGUUUGGUGAAGUUGAUGAUGUCAAAAGCAAAGUUACAUUUGUUUCACAAGAUGGAUCUGUUUUUACAUUAGAGGAUCCAUAUAGAGGAGAAUUUAUAAAUCUAUCUACAAGUGAUGGCUUUCCCAUCGAUGACGAUGCAUUUUAUCAUGGGCAAAAAUUUAAAAUGUAUCUAAGUUACUUAAAAAAUGCAAAAUUUUUAACGAUCAGUAACCUAAUGAAAUGUUUAUUGCACGAUUAUAAGAAGAAUUUCAGCUAUAAAUUUGGGUCCAAGUUGGUCAAAGUUUAUGUUCAAGAUGUUAUUGUAUCAUCAGUUGAAGUUGAUUGGUACUUCCAAACAUUAGGUAGAAUAAAACCGCGUAAAGAAUAUUGGCCAGAGAGAUUAUUUACUGGUGAUAAUUUGAAAAAACUUAAAACUAUUCAUUUAUUUGAGUCUUGUUCAACUCAUGUGGGAGACAUACAUUGGUAUACAAUUAAAGAUACAGAUAAUUUGAUGACAAUGAAACAGUGGCGAUCUAAAUGUACAGAAGCUUUUAAUAUUGAACCAGGUACACAAAAUGGAUCUUGUAGAAACAUUUCAGCUGUCCUAACACAAAAAAAUGAAAGAAUAUUAAAUAAAGAAUGUAAAUUUACAUUACUAUCCAAAAAACGUCGAUUUAAACCAUCUACAAGGACAACCGGCAAUAGUUGUGUACAUACAUUAAAAUCGAACAGACUAAAGAGGAACCGUUUGUGGAUAUCAUUAAUUAAAAAAAGUAAACAACUCAAUAUACCUAAAGUAAAAACCAAACCAAAUUCCAAAGUUGUAGUUGAGAUUUGCUACACAAAAUCUAUGGUAGAUGUGAUAUGGCAGGAUGGUACUAAAGAAAUGGGAGUUUCUUCAACUAAUCUCUACCCAGUACAAACUCUUGAUGACCUUGAGUUUUUUCCUGGUGAUUUUGUUACUGAAAAAAAUCCUGCAACUGACGUUUAUGGUGUUGUAGAAUCUGUGAACCAUGCAGAACGCACUGCUCUUAUACAAUGGUUUAAAGUUUAUCCUUAUAAUCCAUUAUUGCCAAAUCCUAUUGAAAAGACUUAUUUUAGUGUAUAUGACUUACGUGCUCAUCCGGAUUUCCAUUUUAAAUCUGGUUGUCUCAUUAUGCAUAAAAAUUUUUAUACAAACCCAGAUUUAAAUACCGUAACUGUUGGACAAGUAUUAAGUACAGGGCCUGAUGGCAGGAUCUUAGUGAUGUGGGUUAAUGGUGAAAAAACCGAAUGUUGGCCACAUGAAUUAUUGUUUGUCAAACCAAACAGUGAUGGCUUCGGUUUUUAUGAUGAAGAAUAUGACUUAUCUGAAGAUUCGAUGUCUGAAUGUUUUUUUAUUACAUCGGAUACAGAACCAGUAUACGAAGUAACCAAACCAAAAUAUAACCAAAGUAUAACCAAACCUGAAGAAGCUGGAGUUUUUGAUGUGGUAGAAACACUUAAGGAUAAUUCACACAAAUAUAUCAAUUAUAACGAUAAUUUAAAUCCAUCGUUACCAAAAGUUAUUGCUAAAGACAUCCAUAUACUUCAAAAAAGUUUACCCGCUGGAAUUUGGGUGAAAACUUUUAAAAAUCGUCUGGAUUUGUUUUCUAUAAUGAUUAGAGGACCAGAAAAAACUCCAUAUGCUGGUGGUUUGUUUCUAUUUGAUGUCAAAAUUCUACCCACAUAUCCAAGCCAACCUCCACUCUUUCAUUAUUAUAGUUAUUGUGACGACCGGUUGAAUCCAAAUCUACACGAAGAUGGAAGAGUAUGCCUUAGUCUUUUGGAUUCUUGGUCUGGUCAUGGUUUUGAAUUAUGGUCACCUGAUAAUUCAAAUUUAUUGCAGCUAUUAUUAUCAAUACAAGGAGUGAUAAUGGUGAGUGAACCAUAUUAUAAUGAACCUGGAUUUGAUUCCCAGCGAGGUCAAAAGCUUGCAAAAGAAAACUCUCGGGUUUACAACGAAAUGGUUCUGAUCAAAGUAGUGCAGUCAAUGACAAAUAUGUUGAACAUGAAUAAUUCAGACGUUAAAAAUGUAGGGUAUUUUGAAGAAGAAAUACUGGAACACUUAAAAACAUAUGGUCCAAAGUUAAUCAGUGCAAUUGAAAAUUGGAUUCAAAUGUCUGAAAAAGAAUUAACUGAAGAUGAAAAGCUUGUUCCGGGAUAUCCAUUAUUACCACUUUCCGAGGGUUUUUGCCUGUCAAUCAUCAAAGCACUAAAAGAUUUCAAAGAAGUAUUGAUUACCAUGAAUAUUGUAAAUAAUGUGUAAAUUACAAAAGAAUUUUAAUUGAAAAUGUAACUCAAAUUAUAGCAAAAACACAAUAAAUA